AAAAAGAUUUGGGCCCAGUGAGGAGUCCCAGAGGGCGGGGCCAAAAUUUAUUCGGACCCUGCGGGCCGCAAACUGCCCUUGCUCCUCGGACACUCCUAGACCGAGAACGCGGGCUGAAGCCGGGUAAGGACAGCCCCCUUUCCAGUCCCGGGAGGCCGCCGCGCCAGCCGCGCAGAGCGAGCCCCUCCCCGGCCCCAGCACGUCCCGGGCCGCGCCCGGACCCCGGGGCCGGGUCCCCAGUCCAGCGCUGGUCGUGUGUCCGCGGCCGCCACCAGGGAGAGGAGGCGGCCCCCGCUCGCUCACGCUUGCUUCCGCCCGCGGGCCCAAAGGGACCAUGAACUUGGGCCACCUCAGAAGGGGCUUUCUAAUACUGCUAAUGGCCUUGGGCGUGAUUCAUGGUGACCCCGUGAAGCCCUCUCGGGACCCACUGGUGACCUGCACAUGUGAGAACCCACACUGUAAUGGGCCUACCUGCCAGGGAGCCUGGUGCACAGUAGUGCUGGUCCGGGAGCAGGGCAGGCACCCCCAGGAACAUCGAGGCUGUGGGAGCCUGCACCAGGAGCUCUGCAGGGGACGCCCCACUGACUUCGUCAAUCAUUAUUGCUGCUUCAGCCCCCUCUGUAACCACAAUGUGUCCCUGGUGCUGGAGGCCACCAAAACUCCUCCAGAGCAGCCGGGAGCAAAUGGUCAGCUUCCUCUGAUCCUGGGCCCUGUGCUGGCCUUGCUGGUCCUGGUGGCCUUGGGUGCUCUGGGCCUGUGGCAUAUCCGGCAGAGGCAAGAGAAACAGCGGGGCCUGCACAGCAACCUGGGCGAGUCCAGUCUCAUCCUGAAGGCAUCCGAGCAGGGAGAUAGCAUGUUGGGGGACUUCCUGGACAGUGACUGCACUACCGGCAGUGGCUCUGGGCUCCCCUUUCUGGUGCAGAGGACCGUGGCACGGCAGGUCACCCUGGUGGAGUGUGUGGGAAAGGGCCGCUAUGGUGAGGUGUGGCGAGGCUUGUGGCAUGGCGAGAGCGUGGCGGUCAAGAUUUUCUCCUCAAGGGAUGAACAGUCCUGGUUUCGGGAGACAGAAAUCUACAACACUGUGUUGCUCAGACACGACAACAUCCUAGGCUUCAUCGCCUCGGACAUGACUUCCCGCAAUUCGAGCACGCAGUUGUGGCUCAUCACACACUACCACGAGCACGGCUCCCUCUAUGACUUUCUGCAGAGGCAGACCCUGGAGCCCCAGCUGGCCCUGAAGUUAGCUGUGUCCGCGGCCUGCGGUCUGGCGCACCUGCACGUGGAGAUCUUUGGCACACAGGGUAAACCCGCCAUCGCCCACCGCGACCUCAAGAGUCGCAACGUGCUGGUCAAGAGCAACUUGCAAUGCUGCAUUGCCGACCUGGGCCUGGCUGUGAUGCACUCCCAGGGCAGCGACUACCUGGACAUCGGCAAUAACCCGAGAGUGGGCACUAAGCGGUACAUGGCACCGGAGGUGCUGGAUGAGCAGAUCCGCACUGACUGCUUCGAGUCCUACAAGUGGACUGACAUCUGGGCCUUUGGCCUGGUGCUGUGGGAGAUUGCUCGUCGAACCAUUGUCAAUGGCAUUGUGGAGGACUACAGGCCACCAUUCUAUGAUGUGGUACCCAAUGACCCCAGCUUUGAGGACAUGAAGAAGGUGGUGUGUGUUGACCAGCAGACCCCCAGCAUCCCUAACCGGCUGGCUGCAGACCCGGUCCUCUCAGGCCUGGCUCAGAUGAUGCGGGAGUGCUGGUACCCCACCCCCUCCGCCCGCCUCACUGCGCUGCGCAUCAAGAAGACACUACAGAAACUCAGCCAUGAUCCAGAGAAGCCCAAAGUGAUUCACUAGCCCAGGGACGCUGGACUCACUCUGCUUGCAGUAUGGGGUGGCAGGGGAUUGUGGCCCAGCUGGGUAGUGUGUGUGUGUGUGUGUGUGUGUGUGUGUGCGCGCGUGUGCUGGGGAGAGGUGCCCCCCUGUGGGGCAGCUGUGCCUGCCCAACUUGGCCCCAAGCCCAUCCAGUCAAAAAUACAGCUGGGCUGAAAUCUGAUCCCGCGCCGUCUGGCCUGCUCAAAGUGGCCGGCUCCCUGACGCCUGGCUUUCUCUCCCGACCCCACGCCAGCAGGGUACACCCCCUACCACUCCCAGGGCGGGAUGCAAAACAGUAUAGCCAUGCCAGGGAAUCCCAGUCCUGGGCCCAGAGCCUGGUCAUACACUUCCCCUGCCCUUGGUCAACCUCACUGCCCCACCAGAGCUGCCAGGGUGGCACAGGGCCCUGUCCAGCUUUCAGCAGAUGUUCUAUCCUGUCAGACCUCAGCCUCUGACACAAGUUUCAGAUACCCAGGUUCCUCAGUUGCCCUCCAUGCGUUUAUAUCUCAGAACCACAACACCUUGGAUGCAAGGUCCCUGCUAGCUGAAUGCCAGCUGUCAGUAGGAGCUGGGCUGAUCCUGCUGCUCCCUGUCCCCUGGCUAUUCUAGCUGACUUGUUAGGGCAUUAAAAUUCAAGGGGUCCUGAUGAGGUAUGACAGGAUCAUAUGGCAGUGGAGAGAUGUCAGGUCAGGCAGGUAAGGCCCAGGACUUUCAGGAUAAUUGAGAGGACGUUGGGUUAAGUGUGGCAGUGGGUAGGAAGGAAGGUUUGAGUGGGAGUCAGGAGAACUGAGUUGGGUCCUAGGUACUUGCUUCAUGCCUCCAGGCUGGGCCUUUAGUCUUAGGACCUUUGUUUCUUCAUCAAUAUACUGGAAGAUUUGGUCCUGAUGUCCUUUGAGGUUUCUUCAGCUCCAGUUUUCUUUGAAUGUCACCCUGUGUGAGAGCUCAGCUCAUCAAGCUCUCCUGCUCCUAUGCUCUGGCCGCUGGCAAUCUGCCUCAAGAUGAGAAUGUGAAAUGCUUGUAUCAGAGGCUAGGAGGAUCUGAAGGGCCUAAUUCUGCAAGCUCCAGUUCUUGCCUUAGGCCAUGCCAGUGACCAUCCUUGAGUUCAGACAGCCCUGAGCCUUCUGGCUGAAGCAAGCCUCCCAUCCACUUUGUGGCUUGGCCUUCUCUGCCUCAAGGCUGAGGGACAGCUUCCUAUGUGACCUGCAAGAUGCAAAAGAAAUAUGGCUCCAGCCAAGAAGCCUCCAGCACCCAGGUCCUGCUCUAUACUGGCCCGGUUCCAUAUUCUUGAUCCAGAGAGUCUUUGUGGGUCUUGGUGACAGUAGAGAAACACACAAAAAGUUCAGCAUUUGGAAACGUCAAGGUGUAUGCCCAUGUACUGAGCAGAUGAUCCUGGAGCCUGGGUGGGUAGAUGGUGUGGAGGGAGAUAUGUUGGAGGCUGAACUUUAGGGAAUAUUGUAUGUGGGGUCUCAGGCUAAGGACAGGGCAGCCCUCAGCUUGAGAAGACGUGGCCUAGCAGUCCUCAGGCCUUGGGGACAGAGAAGGAAGGCUCAUGCUCUCCCCAACCUCCUAGAAGGACUACUGGGGUGUGUCUUCCUCCACCCCACUGCAGAGGUUUCCCAGGCAGAUCUCCCAGCAUUGUGCAAGGCAGGGAGAAGAACCAGGAAGUGAAACUGGGUGAAAACAGAAAGCAGCCGGUUCCUGGAAUACUAGGGCAGAGUUUGCAGGUUCUCUGGUCACUGGAAUCCACCCAGUCCAGGAUCAAGGCUCCCAUUUGGAAGAUUUUAUGUCUACUAAAUUUGGGGUUAAACUCUUCCUGAAACUCCACAACCAGAAACCCAAGACAGGAGCUCCCUAAAGCCUGGAAAAACCCUAUAUGAAGAAGGUCUGAGAGAGGAGCUGGAGUGACAGGGGAGGGUGGAAAGAAGGGGUCACACUGGAGAGUGGUCUACAAAUGCAUCUGAGUGGAGGAGGUGUUGCAGAGUAGAAAUCAUACUUUUUUUACCUGGAGAUACUGUUUAGGGGAGCACUUAGCUCGUGCCCAGCUACAUAGUAGGCCCUCAAUAAACCAUGAUUGAACGUUGA